AUGCGCCCAGACCAUCCUAUCAACCAGUCCCUCCAACAAAUCGACGAGAACUCCUGGCUCUUCGGGGACCAGAUCCUCCUCACCCGGCAGGCCUCCCCUUCUCCCGGUUGCCCAUCCUGGGGGGACGGGAACGGACUCUACUACCUCGUUUCCGAGCCGCCAAGCCCUCUGCCUCCGUGUCAACCCUUACCAGCCGAAAGCCACAUCAAGAAACUCUACGAUGCAGGCGGCGUGUCUGCAGUCUGGAGGAUCGGCGAUGCCAUCUGCAAAGCCAGGAAACACCCAGACCCGAAUAUGACCUGGGAGCACGUCACGCUAGAUUAUCUCCAUACCAAAUGCCCGCUUGGGAAGCUCAGCUUCGCCAUCCCGAAUGUCAUCCACCAUGUGGGAAGCGGAGACCGCUACUUCCUCAUCCAGAGCCGCGUGCCGGGCAGUACAAAGGAGUACUACGUCUCACGGGUCGCCGACAUCUGCAAGGAGCUGGCUGCUUGGACAGGUAACGGCAUUCAUGGUGUCGACGGGCGGAAUCUGUCGGAUCUCUAUCUUACUCCUCUCCAUGGGGUGGAGGAUAUGAGUCCUCGGAACCUCCUUGCCAACUGCGCCCAUCUCAAGAUGGAUUGUUCCUUAUUCGUCUUUUACCAUUGUGAUCUUGGGCCGGGGAACAUCAUCGUGGAGCCUGAACAGAGAUCUCUCGCUGUGGUUGACUGGGAGAUGGCGGGGUUUGUUCCUCGGAAAUGGAUAAGGACAAAGGUCCGCGUUUCCAGCGGAAUGGAUCUUGAGGGCGAGGACGAAGACUCGAGACAGGAGUGGAGGAGGCGGCUUCAGAGACGAUUGGGGCAGGAUGGCUUUCCCGAACUUGCGGAUGAGUGGAUGGUUUGGUUUAUGAAUAGUGGAGAAGAUGAGAAAUAA